CGCAAUGGAACGUCUAGUAAACAUGGCGGACGAGCUCAUCAAAUGCUGAAGAGUUUAAGAUGCAAAAUUUUAGCCCUUCUUGUGGCUUCUAUUUACACGAUCCUUACCAUUUAUGCACUUCAGGUGCUUCUAGUAAGCGAGAACCAGAAGAGACAUCCCAAAGGACUUGUGAUCACUUCUCAGUCGCCCGCGACUUUCUACCGUGUUCCUAGAAAAGCUCCUCAAUAUCGACAAAAGAAUUUGGUUGAGGUUGAAAUCUGGGGUAAAGCUGCGAUCGGGCUUUAUUUAUGGGAGCAUAUUCUUGAGGGGCCCUUAGAGGAAAGACUUGGUGGAGCAUGGCGCUACGGCGAAAAGCAAAUUCAGAAUAUCAAGUUCAUAUUUCGGACUGGACCAUGGGUGGUACCAAAUAAUGUUCCACAACAAACCAAGAGUCUUGUGCUCGUUAUCAACGGACGAGAAUCGAAAAAAGUGGAAUUUGCAAAGGCAUGGCUUCACUCUCUUCAAGAUUUUCCGCAUCUUCAAAACAUAGGGGUUGUUCUCUUGGGAAACGAACGCUGUGAGAAUGACUGGUUAUAUUCCUACAUGAAAAAUAAUGGAGGUCACGUGACAUUUGCCUUCAUUGUCUAUGAUAUCGCUUACGCAGAUUCUGAAAUCUAUUUCCAGUGGCCUCUGGGAGUAGCCACUUAUAGAAAUUUCCCAAAUGUUCCAUUUCUUUCCAUUGAUGUUCAGAAACCUCGUAAAUUUAAGUGUAACUUUUUAGGAACUGUUUAUCCAAACUCUUCUCGAGUAGUGUUGCAGACAGUGAUAAAGAAGUUUAACCUUGAGGAUGAGUGUUUUAUGAAGACUAGAGACACUUGGUCACCGGGUGAAAGUUCACAAUCAGCCAAUGACUAUCACUAUGCUCUAGCUAACAGCGACUUGACUCUUAAUCCAGUGGGAAUGAAUACAGAAUGUUAUCGCAUAUAUGAAGCUUGUUCCUAUGGAUCCGUUCCUGUCAUUGAAGAUGUUGUCACACCUGGCCAUUGUCGGAAAGGAAAUGAAUUUCCACUACAACUGUUAAAGAAAUUCAAGGCCCCAUUCAUUUAUGUAAAAGACUGGAACGAGUUACCAAUGAUCAUUGAAAAGGAGAAGAAUUUAACUCACAAUGAUGUCGUUAAAAGGCGAAAAAAAGUGUUAUUGUGGUACAAAAUGUUUAAGGAAACCAUGAGGGACAAAUUUGUUGAGACUAUACAACAAAACUUUGCUGCAUAAAGUGUUAAAUAAUUUUUGUAAUUUGACAUGUGCAAUGUAUGUAUACCUGUAUUUCUUUUUUUCCUUUUUUUCAUUUAACCUCAUCACUCCCAAGAUCUCUUUAGAAGUUUUCCUUACUGUCUGCCAUACAAUUCCUAUGAUGUCAGUUUUGAGGAUUUGGUAUCAGAUCGGCUAAUAAUCCACUGAAUCAGUAAUUGAUAUUUUUCUCUAUUCCCAUAACUUUUCUGCUUGAUAUUGUAUUGAUAUUGUGGGGAGAAAUUCUGUCUUGGUCACUCGUGGGAGUUAAAGUAUUAAGGAUAGAGUGCUGGGGUGUCAUUUAUCAGAGGUUGGUGAAUUUGACUACGAGGCACAAUUCUCAAGCCAAGUUGCCUUGAGGUGUAGAGAAUGUUUUCAUUUUGAUGAAGGGCUAACAUUUGAAAUGCCAGUGUUAGGAAUUCUUUAUGGUAGCAAGCUUAUAUUUAUUUAUCAACUCACCUAAUUAUCUCAUGAUAACUCUAGCGACUCAGCUCCACAGGUUUUAGAAACUUACCCCCUCUUACAACAAACAUUUUGGAAGGGACAUAAUCAAGUGAACAUGAUACCACAAUACCACAUUUCUAUGGAUCAAUAGGUAGAAUAGCUAAAAACAAACCAUUGUUUCCUCUGUUUUUUGCUUUAUUUUUGCUAAAUAAGGUAAUAGAGAAUAUCACUAUUCCACACAGAAAAUGUAUUUUAAAGACAGACCUUUCUUGUUUAAACCAAUUUACAUUGGACGUAUUCAGUCACAUGACACUGGUCAUAGUAGCAUGCAUGUGUCAUAUCACUUGCCUUUCACCCUUUGGAGCAGUGUUCCCUUGAGUACUAAGAAAACUGCUUAGCCCUUAACACCCUAAAAGUGACCAUUGUGUAAUUUCUCAUUUCACAGUUUUACUGUGGAAUCAUUCAUUGAGAUCAUGAGUAUAAAGUAAAUGAUCACCAGCCUAAGAAACAUUGAUUGUUGAAUAGAUUCUCCUUGUCCGUUUCAAAGAAAAUGUACAGAAAAGAGUAUGGAGAA